ACCACGCCUCAACGCCCAAUGUCAGCUGGGACUGGCUCCAAAGCGCCCCCCUCGAUUGUCCUUAUAUCUGCAGCAUAUCUUAAAUGUUUUCAAAAAACCUUUUUAUUCAGGCAGUAGUUGGCUUCUUUGUUAGUCGUCAUACAGGGCCCGUCAGAACAACAUGGCGGCCACAAGCACGAAGUCGGUUUUGUUCGUUUGUCUGGGGAAUAUCUGUAGGUCUCCCAUUGCCGAGGCUGUAUUCAGAAAGAUGGCAACAGACUCUGGUGUUGCUGAUAAGUGGGUCAUAGACAGCAGUGCCACAUCUGAUUCGAAUAUAGAAGCCAGCGCUCUGGCCUGCCUAAUGAAGCAUGGCAUUGAGACGAGCCACAGGGCCCGAAAGGUGACAAAGGAUGACUUCAUGAGCUUUACGUACAUUCUCUGCAUGGAUGAGAGCAAUCUGAGUGACUUGACGAAGAAGGCAAAGACUGUGAACAACUGCAAAGCAAAGAUUGAGCUUCUUGGUUCAUAUGACCCCCAGAAGCAGCGGAUCAUCAGAGACCCAUAUUAUGGAAGUGACGAAGACUUUGAAAAGGUGUAUGAGCAGUGUGUACGUUGCUGCAAAGCAUUUCUGGAGGCCAACUCCUAACAACAUUCGGCAUGAAAUAAUCCUUCCUGAUAAAUAAGAAUAAUCAAACAAAUAUAUAUUUUUGAUUGUGUUUUAACCCUUAUCAUUACAGCUCUGUUGUGAGCACCAGUGUUUCAGAGAUAUAAAUGUUAUAGAAACCACAUUCUAUGCAUUUAGAACAGUGCUGUGUGGAUAAGUCUGUCCACUAAGUUCAGAUCAUUAAUAAAUUAAAUAAGUCAAGACAAUUUUUUUUUUCUUCCACACAAAUCAUUCAUCUUUUCCUGAAUAUGCUACAGCUUUUAUAUGAAUGGAGACUGCCUGCAGACAAUAAUGCAUGACUGGACAUUUCUGAGGUCCACAGGUCAGAAUGUCGACACUGGGGUCAGAGUUGAUGCUGGUCUAAUUACUAAUCUUCUUGGGUAUUUUGUCUUGUGGAAACAAUUCUGUCCGCUCUGUGGCUUUAUAUACCAUUGAGAUAAAGCACAUGAGUACCUCAUGCCAGGUAACACAAGCACAGCUAGGAGUUAAUUUGCUUACCAAACAAUCUGUAAAUUUGCACAAGCAAAUGAUGGCUACAAAGUUCAGUUAAAGGAAUAAAAUUAUUGAAAAUAUGCUUAU